GGACUCCGUGAGGGGGCGUAGCCGCGUUGACACUCGGAGUAAACAGAGUGAAAGUCUGAGUGGAGCUCUGACAGGUCAGUCUGAGAGAGUGGAAGCGCUGGAGAGAUCAACCUCAGCGAGAUUAGGCCGUCUGUAAUGACCACAGGUCAUUUGGCCAGACAGUAGUUAAUAAUUUGCGAGUGCGAGCGAGCGGAGGCAGUUAGUCGGUGCAGUUAGCUGGAGGUUAAUAGCUGCUUCACUAACUGUUAGCUUAGCUCGGGUAUCGCUCAGUUAUCUCGCUGAAUUAUGGAUUUAUAUGGGCAUAAAGAAGAAAGCUCCUCGCCUCAGAUGGCACCAGAUUAUCUGGUUAACUAUAACAGAAGAUAGCUGGCUCGGUUCUGGAUUAUUAUUUUCAAUUUCUCAGCAUUUUUAUCGCAAAUAUCAGCCGGCUAGCUCUCUCGGUAGCUAAAGCUAACGGCAGUUUGUUUUCAACUAACUACGAAACUAUGAGCACCAACAACAUCUAUGCAAGUCGCAAACGGAGGAAACCUUCUAAGAAAAGUGUGAAGCCGCCCUCGGUCGAAGUUGUCAAAUCCAACCCCUCCAAGAGGCACCGGGACCGGCUGAAUGGAGAACUGGACCGGCUGGCGGGCCUCCUCCCUUUCCAUCAGGAUGUGAUCUCUAAACUGGAUAAACUGACCAUCCUCAGGCUGAGCGUCGGCUACCUGCGAGCCAAGGGCCACUUCAGCGCCGUCCUAAACGCCAAAAAAUCCAGCCAACCAGCAAACAACAGCACUAAAGCGCAGAUUCCGGAGUUGCCGGAGGGGGAACUGCUGUUGCAGGUCUUAAAUGGGUUUGUGGUGGUGGUCACUGCUGGUGGUACAGUCUUCUACACCUCCUCUUCUGUUAAGGACUAUCUGGGGUUCCAUCAGUCUGAUAUCGUCCAUCAGAGCGUGUAUGAGCUCAUUCACACGGAAGACCGCGCUGAGUUUUGCCGUCAGCUCCACUGGGCUCUCAAACCCUCAGAGUCCACAGACACCACUCAGCUAGUGAGAGGUACCCAAGAUUCACGCUUGCCCCUCACAUAUUACAACCCCGGGCAGUUACCACCAGAGAACUCUGCUUUCCUGGAGCGAAAUUUCAUCUGCAGGUUAAGAUGUCUCCUGGACAACUCGUCCGGCUUUCUGGCCAUGAACUUUCAGGGCCGUUUGAAACUCCUGCAUGGACAGAACGAACGGACAGCGGACGGAAAACUCCUUCUACCUCAGCUGGCCCUGUUCGCUCUGGCCUGUCCACUCCAGCCACCUUCCAUUCUGGAGAUCUGCGCCAAGAACUACUUCUUCGAGACCAAACACAAGCUGGACUUCACACCGAUCGCAUGUGAUGCCAUAGGGAAGAUUGUGCUGGGCUACACCGAGCAGGAGCUGUGCUACCGCGGCUCAGGUUACCAGUUCAUUCACGCAGCCGACAUGCUGUACUGCGCCGAGAACCACAUUCGCAUGAUGAAGACCGGUGAGAGUGGGCUGACCGUAUUUAGGCUGCUUACCAAACUCGGCGGCUGGGUUUGGGUCCAGUCUAACGCCAGAAUCAUCUUCAAAAAUGGACGCCCCGAAUUCAUCAUCGCCUCACAGAGAGUGCUCACAGAGGAAGAAGGAGAAGAGAACCUGAAGAAGCGUAGCCUUAUGCUCCCCUUCAGUUUCACCACAGGAGAGGCUAUGCUGUACGACUGCAGCCUCCCCAAGUCCCUCAGCGGUUUCUCGGGCUCUGACUCCAGCGUCCCGGUAGACAGUACCCAGCCCAGUCCCGCUAGCGAACUGGAUCCCAACUCUCUCCUGGGCUCCAUGCUGAAGCAAGAUAAGUCUAUCUAUGUGUGCGCUGCAGGUCUGAAUGAGGCACAGGGAUGUUCUCAGGAGCCUGACGAGGAGGAGUUUGGUGGGAUCUUCUCCAGCAACUUGCAGGAGAGUGUUCUUUCGCUUUCGGAGAACUCUCUCUUUAAACAAGACCCUGCCUUCGGCUGUGGAGGUGAGGAGGGUGGCAGGGAGCUGCUCAGCUUUAUGGGCAGUUUGGGGAUCAGCCCAGACGACCUGCAGCUCCUGCAGCAGGACCAGCUUUUCCUUAGCGGCGAGUUCGAUGGCGAUUGCGCGCUCGAAGACCUCACGGAUGAAGUUCUGUCCUAUGUGCAGGAGUCCCUGAGGAAGAACGCGGACGUUCAGGCCAAUCUGGAGGAGAAUCAUCUCCUCGGUAGUGUUCCACAGACAGAAGAUCCGUCUUUGUUCCCUUCGCAGGGUCAUUCCCAAGAGCCUUUUGCCCUCAGUCCAGCCAGUUACUUGUCACAGUUUCAGCAGCAGCCUUUCUUCAGACCUUCAGAACCAAAGAUAUAUAUGCAGUCUUAUUUACAGCCACCUAUGCAAGAGCACCAGCAGAAUCCUCAGGGGUAUCUUUAUCAGCCAUGUGCAGACCUUUUCCAGGGGCAGAAGCUCCAGCCUCCAGCCCUGCAGCCUGACCUUUCCCUGAAUCCACAGCAGCGCUUAACUUAUCCAGUGAACCACAGCUGUAUACAGAGCCCUGAGCAGAUGUGUCAUAGACUGAAGCACAUCCAGGGGAACAGCAGUGGCUUGGUUUCUGCUCCAAACAGUGGACCCAGUGUCCAGCAAUUACCGCCCGGACAAUUUUAUUUAGAAACAUCCCCUCUGGGCUUGGAGCCCUGUAGAAACCAACUGACCACUCACUGCAGCCAGGAGUUUCCCUGCUCAUACAUUUCUACAGGGGACUCAAGAGUGGACGAAUUCAGCACUCAGGAUUUGGAGGACCUGCUAAACAGCCUGGAUGAAGUGGGCCAGCAGAAGCAUGGACAGUCUGGAGAGGUCCAGAGAGAAGAAUGGUGCCCGUGGAAACCUGCAGGAGAACUGUGAAGAGAACAGCCGUGCACUGACCGGUCCCUGGGAGGAAACGUGAACAUCCAGCUACACGCUGGAGAGAGCUGAGCUGGCCACUGUGAUGUUUGGGUGCGAAGCAUGAUCGGGAAAGCAGGAAGAAAUCCUAAGACCGAAAUGCAUCAGCCUGAGAGAGAAAGAGAGAGAGAGGAGUGGGAAGUGGGGGAGGCGAUUCUGUUCACAUUAUCAAGAAAAUCUGCCUCUGCAGAUUAUGUAUUCAGGCUCCGCCCACAAAUGUGUUCUUUCAUAGCUAUUGUUGCUUUAGCUUUACAGAGCGCUGGUAAAAAUCCCAUUCAAAAUAAUGAGAAACUGUAGAACAGACUCAGUUUAUAUCACAAUACCUACAUUUAGAACCAAUUACUACUCUAAAUUUAGGUAUUGUGAUUUAAGCUGAGUCUGUUCUACAGUUUCUCAUUAGGCUGAAUGAAUAACCGACUCUAAAUGUAGGUAUUGUGAUAUAAACUGAGUCUGUUCUACAGUUUCUC